CCCGUUUUCAAGAACAAUAUAUGUCCUUCUCCUCGGCGGGAUCAAGGACGAAGGCACCACCCCUCCGCCCUCAAUCGGAGAGUGACUGCUGUUCGGCAUUUGCAAGAUCUUCUUUCUAAGGUUUUUCGGGUGAUGAAGGACAUAACGCAUUUCUUUUUAUCAAGAUCCGAUCUCAAGAUCCCCGGUCCAUUUUCCCUAGAGUGUUCACUAGCAAAUCUCGUUACAAGCAUGGCAUCAAUCGAAGAAAUACCCUAUUCCAAGAUCCUUCCAGGAUAUGAAGGGGCCAACUACACAAGACUUAGCCUCAAGGUCAGGGGGCCUGAUCAACUUCAGGAAACUAUGGAAUGGUUCACACGUAAUUCCUGCCAUUUUCAAGACAACGCCAAACAACAGGUGGUCUUCACAGAGUUGUGGUUCAUGUUACACCCCGAUCAUCUCUUCAAAAUAGGCUACCAGGAAUCUCUCCAUACGGCAUCCACCAUUUACCUGGAUCAAAUCAUGCAGUUCGUUUUGCGUUACGGAACAGGGGCCGACAUUAUACUGCAAGGUUUAAAGGCUUUCCCAUUGGAGAUCCUGAACAAGGUCAACCGGCGGAGCGUCAGCAUAGGCGAGCUUCGGCUUUACUCCUGUCGGUUUGGAUCUAUCCAAGAGUUUCAUGCCUUGAUCUCCAUAUUCAACAAGCCGUGGGUUUUUGGAAUGCACGAUACGUCGUGGCCGGAGGGCAUGUACGAGAAUGUGCUCGACGUUAAGCCAUAUUUCGACCGUGAUGUGAUAGAAUCCUGGUUUUUCAACAUGCAGGAGCUCAGCGUUACCGUCUCUGAUCCAUUCGAUUUGCGGGUAUUGAAGAUUCUGCUCGAUAUAUAUAGCAUCCCAAUUUCUGAGAUGAGCAUAACCUGGAAAGCCGCAUGGAACAAUAUUGUUGCGAAAGAGUUCCGCGAGGUCUUUGCAUUGGAGGACCGUAUGUUCUUGGAGAAGUUACAGAUCAAUAUCGAAUCCCAAUCCUCGACCGAAGACCAUAUGGAACUGGAUGGGAACCUUCGAACCGACGAUGAUCUUAGCUGGAUUGUUGCCCUUCUCCCCAAUAGAUUUUCCGAUGGGUGCCGAGUAGAGGUCGAGCUCGAUUUCUCUGAGAUAAGUGCACCAGAGAAGACUUUGCGACUGCCAAACACUGGAGUGCUGGGCACCGAGGGGUCUUUCCGUGGAUGAUACAUGUACCACCCUCGAGGAUUGUCUGCCCAUGGUGUCAAAAUCAUCCGGUCAAGAAUUCAACUUCUUCGUCCGCGAAGACUCCGAAGAAGAAUAAGCUUCUAGUAAAGCU